AUGUCCGCUCGCGAAGUCCGCAUAGGCUACGUGCCGGAACACUACCUUCUCCCUCUGCACUUCUGCAACAAACACAACCUCUUUCCCUCCUCAAUACGCGUGAGGUUGAUACCUUUCCCAUCCGGCACGGGGCACAUGAUCACAUCUCUACGCUCCAACGAGAUCGACCUAGCAAUCGGGUUGACAGAAGGAUGGGUCGCUGGGCUCUUGAAUCCGGGCACGUACACUCAAUCGGCAGAAGAGAAAGGAUACUCAAUAGUCGGAUCGUGGGUGUCUACGCCACUGCGGUGGGCGAUUGUCACUGGCCGCAACCGACCUGACAUCAACUCCGUCGACGACCUCAAAAACCAUCGUCGCGUGGGUGUCAGCCGGAUAGGAAGUGGAAGUCAUGUCAUGGCCUUCGUGCUCGCGCAGCAAGAAGGCUGGCUGGAUCAGGCAGGGGUCUCCAAGUCGGAAGGGUUGGCGAUCGUGCCACUGGGUCCGUUCAAAGAUCUCCGCGACGGCGUGACAAACUCGUCGGCGGACUUCUUCAUGUGGGAACAAUUCACGACCAAGCCAUAUUUCGAUGGAGAAGACACGCCCCUCAAAAAGAUUGGCGAGAUCUACACGCCCUGGCCGAGCUGGCAUAUUGCCGCGUCCCUAUCUACUUUCCCCAACCCUGCCAGUGAUGAUACGCUAAAGCAGAUCUUUGAAUCGCUGGAUCUCGGAAUCAAAGCCUUCAAUGCGGAUCCAGAUGCCGGCAUCCGCAUGCUCGGUACCGGGGAGGCAGGAUGCCACUAUUCUGAGGAAGAUGGGAGAGAGUGGCUGAAGGAUGUGCGAUUCGUGCAGGGUACGAGAGGUGUCGACCCUGCUGUGAUGAGCGGAGUGGUGGAUGUGUUGAAGACAGCCGGAGUCAUUGGUGGCGAAGUCGUCGUCAAAGAUGGGGACGGAGUCGUGGGUAUCGCGAGGUAG